CUUACAGAUUUUUAAUUAUUGAAUUUUCUAUCUACAGAAUCAAGAGAUUUCUGGCAUGGAUCCACUUCUGGGUGCAAAUGCGUCAGUCAACUCCUUUGUGUUUCUUGUUAUGCUCCUCUUUCCAAGACGGGUUUGGUUUCAAAUUCUCAUUCCAGUCCCUGCCAGGGCUGCGCCGAUACCGGUAACAGUCACUGCCACAAUUCUGGGGACCAUUAUAGUUGGAAUGGAUCUCUUAAGUAUUUUGCAGGGAGACCCUCAUGGGACAUCAGCUCAACUACUGGCUGCUGCUAUUGCUACUGCUGGAUAUAUAAUAUAACUAUAAGUAUACGGAAUCGAAUUGGUUUAUAAAAUGUGGUAUACCGUGCUUGUUUCAUGUGUAUAUCUUAGCUUCACUUGGGAAAACUUGUGUUUAAAUUUGUGGUUUAGACUUUUAAACUUAUAGUCUCUUUUCUAGUGCUUAAUGUUGAAUGUGAAUGUGAAUGUUGGGCUAAAGCCUAAACUAUGUGUCAAUACUGUCAAUUGUAAUUCAGUUGUAAUUGUCAGAUUUGUCACCCUCAAUAGUUUGAAGUCUUGAAAUCGCAAGUUUAAUGUUUGAGGAGUCCAAUCCAGUUGGUUUGCCUUCCAUUAGUUUGGGUUGGU